AUGGACUCUUUACGUGAACCAGCCGAAUCAACUCGUUGGGCCACGGCACCGGAGACACCACCUGAUCCAAGAAAGCCAAGUACAAUUCGAACUUCAUCCUCACCCAACAGACGACCUCGAACGGACCACAGUCCUCCUCUUACCCCACCUCUUACCGCAUGUACCGAUCUCACUCUCCAAAAUUCUAUCAUCGAUAAGACCGAGAAUGUCAACGUCAAUCGCUAUGAUAAGAUCGAGCACGAUCUGAGUUUACUCUUAAAUAUGAGGUACGAGAACGACGAAGAAUACCAAAGGCUUUAUCUCCUCGCUAAGAAAGCUGUUAGUGAGAAGGAAAGAUACAUGGCCGAGAUAUCAGCUACGAAAAGACAAAGUCUAGAGGAAAUCCAUGAGAAUUUCAAAUGUUUGAAGAAGGAAUACGAUUCGGUAAUGGUAGAAUUAGUGAAUGAACGGAUAUCAAAUGAAUCAAUCCAAGUGGAACUGAAAAGGUCGCUGGAGUAUACGGACAAGUUGAAGAGUGAAAAUGACCAGUUGAGAGCACAGGUAGAACGAUUCAAGAAGAUCAACGAGGAUCAAAGGAAAGAGUAUGACAUGAGGAUACAUGAUGGAUUGAACGAUAGGAGUAAUCUAGUAAGAGACAAAGCUAAUCUGGAUAAGGAGAGGUUAAAGUUGGAAGGCCAGGUCCAUAGGUUGAGGAUGGAGUUGGAAAGAGGGAGAACAGGAUGA